UUUGUUUGUCAGUCAAUUUUCUUGGGAUCCUGUGAACUUGAGUCGGAAGAGAAUUUUGUUAUUCUAUCCUUUUGGACGAAGUGAUAUUCUUCAGUCAAGCUUAAAAAAAGCAUAUUGAAUCUUAUCUUUUAAUUGAAUAAUAAACUAUUGUGUAGGUACUACUUCGUAUUAACAUUCCUUUUUACAUUGUGUAGUGUUGUAUAAAAAAUGAAUUAUGAGACAAAUAGGCUUAAUACGUUUUCGAGUUGGCCUGCAUCAGCCCUUGUAGAUCCCAUUAGAAUAGCCAAGGCCGGAUUUUAUUAUACUGGUGAGGGUACUGAAGUGCAAUGCUUCAGUUGUGGCGGUAAAAUAUCUCACUGGAACUAUGGUGACCAAGUAAUGUGGCGCCACCGUCACAUGGAGCCAAACUGCGAGUUUGUUGUAAACCCUCGUCAGUCAGGGAACGUGCCUUUAGUUUUGGGCUCUGAAUGCCCUUCAACCAUUGACUCCUCUACGUCUUGGACGGCAGAGGAACAAAACGAACGUGUAGAAUCUCAUGAUUAUGGAUUGACUGAAGAAGAUGAAGUGUAUAAAAGUGAUCCAUUGCGGCUGUUGUCAUUUAUCAAUUGGAAUGACCCGUCAGUGUCACGAGAAGCACUGGUCAGUGCUGGUUUUUACCAUGUUGGUGAAGGGCGACUUCGCUGUGCUUGGUGCGGAGGGGAGUUAGCCCCUUUUAGGCGAUUUGGCUCUCUUGGUACGCCACUAGAGGUGCAUAGGAUGUAUUUCCCGAGAUGCGAACACGCGGCCACCCUGGAAGCGGCGCGCCGCACCAACCACCUGUCUCCCCCGGCCUCCCCCACACCCGAGACUACGCCUAUACAGACACCCCCCGACACCACGGAUCAUCAGUCUCAGUCCACCGGUGCGGAGCACAACGCCCGCCUGCUGGAGUCGGGCGGGACGUGGCGCACGCUGGGCGUGGUGGGGGGCGUGGCGCGGCACCCGGCGCACGCGUCGCUGGCCGCGCGCCUCGCCUCCUACGAGGGCUGGCCCGCCGACCGCACGCAGCUGCCCUGCACGCUGGCCGAGGCUGGCUUCUUCUACACCGGCACUGGCGACCAGGUCCGUUGCUUCUACUGCGACGGCGGGCUAGGCUUGUGGGAGGCGGGGGACGCGCCGUGGUCGGAGCACGCCAAUUGGUUCCCGCACUGCGGCUACGUGCUGCUCAUCAAGGGGCAGGAGUACGUCGACCAAUGCCGGAGCAGGAGCUCCGUCCAACGCACGUUUUCUGCUGACAGUGGCCUUAGUUCGAGAAGAAGAAAUCCUGGUGUUAAUUUUCCUAUUACUGAGAGUCAGGUGGAGGAAGGUAUGGAAAGCACUGCAGCCCUCGCGGCGUUGGGGGCCGGACUCGACGCCGCCAGAGUGCGGAGAGCCAUCGCCAGGAGAUUGCGGGCCACCGGUCUACCGUUCAGUUCGUCGGAGGCGCUAAUCGACGCGGUGCUGGACGAGCAGCUGAACGAGGAGGCCUGGAGCGUCACUCCGCAGAGCCAGAGGUUCGCGAGAGACAUCCUGGCGGAGACUCUCAGGGACUUCGCGCCUAUUUCUGGUCUUAUACCAACGCAAUGGGACGACAGACCUGAUAGCAGAAUAUCCACCACAAGUUCUACACGUUCAGUUUCACCGUUAAAUGUCAGACAAGCACCAAGUCAACUUCCGAGCCAAAUCAAUCAACCAGUUCAAAGUUUGGACCAAACGGGCCAACCUUCAGGCCAAAAUUCCAGUCAACCUUCAAACCAUACUUCUAGCCAAUCUUCGGGUCAACUUUUGAGCCAACCUUCAAGCCAAGCUGUGGAAACUUCAAGUAUGCCUCAAACGGCGACUAGCGAUAUUAAAGUGAUAAAAACUGAUAGGAAUAAGGAGAAUCCAACAAGUCCUGUGGUAGAAAAGAAACAUUUGUCGUUAGAAGAGGAGAACAGGCAACUGAAAGAAGCAAGGCUGUGUAAAGUGUGUAUGGAUAGUGAGGUGAGCGUGGUGUUCCUGCCAUGCGGCCACCUGGUGUCGUGCGCGCGCUGCGGCGCCGCGCUGGCCGCGUGUCCGCUGUGUCGCUGUGCCGUGCGCGCGCUCGUCCGCGCCUACCUCGCGUGACAACGUGCAGCCGACACUUACACGAUAUUUGCCAUAUAGGUUUUCUGGGGGAGUGUAGAACAUCGGGAUUCCCACUGGAGUAGGCCUCGUGUCGUGCUCGCAAGUUAGCUGUUCAGUCAAGUGCAUUAGCUGUUGAUGUGGUCGUGGUAUAGUUAUCAUUAGACAGCACGGACGACGAUUCUAUUGAGCAGCCUUUUAUUUUUAAAUCCUUGCAAACAAUUUAAUAUAUUUCCAAAAAUUAUAAAUUUUAAUAUUGCAAGAAUUUAAUGUCAUUGUAACUAGUACUUACUAAACAUCGAAUUAUAAAUAAUUAGGUUACCUAUUAUUUAAAAUUUAGAGUAUAACAACUAUGAUCUAAUCAUACUUAAUUCCGCAUACUUACGAAGUAUUGCGCUAUCAUUAAAAUAUACUAAUUGGUUUUGAACCUCAUCAAGUUUUAAAUUAUUAUAGUUUUAUGAAGUAACCAAAUCAUGAUGUGUAAUCUACAAUCUUUAUAUAUAUAUACAAAUAUGUUCUGUAGAAUCGGCGUUGGUGUUUAUAUAUUUAGAAUAAUAUAAUAAUCUACACUGUAGGCUUACAUGUAAUGUACGCUUGUAGUGGGCCUUGCGAAGUUCGUAAUGAUUCUGAAUUAAUACUCCGGCCGAUUGAAGAAGUAUUUUAUAGGUUUUUUCGAAAAACUUUUCAAGGUUUAUUUUUCUAAUUGUUGUCUCCUUUGAGCGUUUUCCCCGUUGCAUCCCAAACGUCGGAGCCCAGGGUCCGCUAAAAUUUGUACAAUUACAGAUACACGUUAUUGACGUCUAUUUUUGCAGCAAAUUACUUGAACAUCCUAUUUUGUUUUGUAGAUGUAACUUUCAUUAUUAAAAUAUCUAUGAAUUGACUGGAGUAUACUCGCCUUAUUGAGAAACAAAUCUUUGCUGACACGGAUGAUUAUUUAGUUAAGUUUAGGUUCUGCUUCUCUUUUAAAAGAAGGAUAUUAAUCAUCGCACACAUUUUAACUAAAAUAGGUUUAGCAAGCCUUUUAUUUGAGUGAGUGGAAUGAAUGAUAUUACUUUGAUGAAUUAGCUCAUCGACUUAGACGAGUAACGUUUUUCAGUCAAAUAACAAAUCAAUGAAUUUUGCCUAAAUAUUUAUGGGUAAAAUGAAAAGCGUGAGGGUUUGGCUCGUGUCACUUUUUGAUGUGGAAUAGUAAGAUUAUGUAACUAACCAGUGAUAUGGUUUAAAUAUAAUUGUUGAUCAUUGUAUUAGUGAUAGUGGUGUUAUGUGAACAAAGUUUAAUGAAAAGGUCUAACUAUAAUGUGGCUUUUAUUGUAAUUGAAUAUAGAAACCCUAUUUCAACAUUAUUUUGUUACUUGACUCCCUUACAGAGUCGAGAAUAAUAUAAAUGUGAACUGUUGAACACAUAUAGCGAACUCGUGUAAUUUUAGCUCAAUAAAUUUGGUCUCAAAUUCUAUCAAAUAUGCAGAAUAAUUGCGAACCCACAAAAACUUUGCGUUAAUAUUAUAAAAAUAACUCGAAUAGGUAAAGUUGAUUUUCAGACAUUUAUUACCUAACUUCGCAUGUGAGUAAAAAUCCGUUUCCCGUGGGAAUAUCAGGAAAUUCCUUCUUAGUGCUCCCCUACACUGUCCAAGGAACCUACACACCAAAUUUCUGCUUUCUAUGCCCAGUAGUUUCGGCUGUGCGUUGUCUGUCAGUGACUCAGUAACGCAAGAGCUUUUCUUAUAUAUAAUAUUGAUUCAUCAUUAAGCAUAUUGUCACAUGUACCACACUAUUUUUACUAAGAAAACGAAAAUAACUAAACAUAUUUAACAUUAUAUUAAAAUAAAUAAAAACAACAAAGCAUGGAGAUAAAUGAUAAUACUAUAACAUUACAACCUUUUGUCCGCGAUUUCGCCCGCGUCAUUUUCCACGGGAACUGUUAUUUUUCCGCUAUGACGAAAUACCCUAUGUCCUCCAUACUUUAAACUACACGUAUGCAAAAUUUCAAGAAGAUUGGUUUAGUCGAGAGAGCGUAAAGAGGUAACAAAUUUACUUUCGCAUUUAUAAUAUUAGUGAGGUUUAGGAUAAUUUUUUGUUCCAUCGCGAAUCAUUCAAGUUUUUGGUUUUCGGAGCGACAAGACAACACUAUUCAUUUGAUAUGUAUGCCAAUCUCAACCUACUAGUGAAAUCAUUACUUAAGUACUUAUUUAUUAUCUAUAUCGUUAAAAAAAUACAAAUUACUCAUGUUACUUCAUAGAAUAAAUUACGACUGUUUAUGGUUUUCCUUAUAAUUUAUUUGUAAUUCAUUGAAAAUAUGAAUCUACCCGGUAAUUACCGCUGUCUUUCUAAUUAUGUAGUAACUAUACUAACAACCAAUUAUUUACCUCCUUGACCAUUGUACCAAAUAUAUUUAGGUAUAUAAAUAAUUUUACAGGACUUUUUAUUGAAAUUUUAACUUUAAAAUCCAAUAUCUUUGCAAUUGAUUAUUUUAGACAUUACAUACAUUAUAAUCAAUUACCAAAUUACAAUAGGCAUUAAAAUGUUGCGCAGAUGUUGAUUUUUAAACAGUUUAAUUGUCAAUAAAAAUAUGUCGAGAUUGUAAAUACCUAAACAUAUCGGCGUAAAUGUAGACGCAGAUUUGUGUAAAAAUAUAGUAAAUAUUUUUUAUGACUAAGGCAAAUGAAAUAUUCUGGUAAUCCCUGUGUGAUUAAUUGUGUAAAAAAGUUUAGUUUACCUUGUAAAUAUAUCCCUAAGCUGAUACUGAUAUCAGAUUUUAAAAAUAGUGACUGUGUCUUCAUUAAUAUAUGUUUCAUUAAUAACAUUGUUUUCAUCAAUAUUCAGUAAAUAAAUACCCAAAAAUAAUUCAAAUUGCCGCUUCAAAUGGAUUGGUUAGAAUAAACAGGAAACAACAUUUGAUGAAUUGUAUCGCGCAGCAAUCUCUAGAUGGCGCUACCAGUCCUAAAAAAUUACGUCUGGUUCUUGUUGAAAUAUUUCCACAUAAUUGUGUAUUUGUGACGUGCGAUAUUAUGAAUGCUACAUGCAUUCUCAGAACUGAUACAUCUUUCUUGGCCGUCAUAAUCAUAAAUGUUAUCAGUCACGUUCGUCAAAAGUAUCAUAUCAUGCAAUUAACUCAUUAAUUACUCAUGAGAUCACUCUGUAGUCUGUACCUGCAUGUAUUUUAAUUUAUUUGCUGUAGGUGGUGGGCAUUAAACGUUUUAGCCAUGAGUUAACAGUUUACAAAGUCCCAAAGAAUGGAUCGAGAUACGAAAAAUAAAUAGGUACAUUGUUUUAUUUUCAUAUUCGAUUGUGUAAUGUUGUCAUGAUAGAAAGUUAUAAACAGAACAAUAAUGUUAGCCACAAAGAAAUUAAUUAAUUAAUAUAUUGUUCUAGAGUUAUACUCAUACAGUAAGGAAUUCUAAAACAUAAUAUCCCAGUCACAAACUGUCAGUGGCGCCGAUGACGCCUGCUGCAGCAGAUAAAGCCCUUACGACUGCGUCUAUCUGGUUACAUGUCUUUAUGUGCUGCAAUAUCUCUGACUCAUACUUCUUAUAAGGGAUGGUGCCUAGUAGACACUGAUUAAAUUGUCCAUUGUAAUUUGAAAGGCGUAUUACCUACCUAAGUAAGGUAAUGAUAAACAAUUUGGAGCCCACACGUCUUGGACCUGAGCUUCAAACACAUCAGGGCCAACGCAAAUUAAUUUCUGAGAUUUAAAUUUCGCAAAAAGCAAGGUGUUUUUUGUUGCAGUAACAGUUACAUUGAGCAUUAUGUUAAUAGAUUUAUUUGAAAGUUUUUUUCCCCGAAAUGAAAGACCAGUUUUCCUUUAAUUUCGGCCGUUAAUUUCGAACAACGACAAUUGUACGAUGAUAAACGUAUGAAAUUUUGCAAAAAAAGGAUUAAAACUUCGAGCAUGUAAGUAAAAAAAGUUCAUUGCCCAUCCCACACGCAUAGAAGCAAACAUAGUUUGUAAACAGUAUUAACCCGAACAGUAACAGAACUUCUAAAAAUAUUCCCUACUUAGCGAGAGAGGGUUAAUAGAGGACGGGAGGUGAAUGGUACAAUCAUGAAUGGGUACGGGAGGCACGGCCGUCAAUGGUUGUCGGCUAAUUAGCCAGCGUGGUCGAGAAAUUAUCACCAGGAUGUGGACAAUGAUGAGGUGCGACUUCCUUGCUGCGAAAGGAAAUGCUAUGUCCAUUUUAAAUAAAUUUUACCUAUAAAAACUAUUCAGGCUAUAUUAAAUAUCCCUGAUAUUUUAUAUAGCCUGAAUAAUAAACAAAAGUAAAGUUUAGAUUUUUUUGUUUGUUGUUAAUUAAAAUACAAAUUACCUAAUGUUUUCAAUAAUAUAGAGUAGCUUAUAGGUGCCAUUUCGGUACGGCCUACCACCAGCGAGACAAGGUUAUACAAAUAGUCACCUACAACAUUAUUUUAUCGUGAUAAAAUUUAUCUGAAACCAUUUCCUUGUAAAUAGAGCUUAAACGCGGUAUAAAGUAAACACUUUCCGAAGUAGUGUUUGUCAAGUGGCUGUCGUGUGUGGUUGACGUCGACCACCGCGGGGACAGGGAAUGCUUGAACAAACAACUUUAGAUGAACAACAUUGUUUUGACCACUUGACUGGAGGUUGAUAAGAGAUCUGAUAUUUUGAAAAACGACUUUUGCCUAAAAACUCCAAAAUGGCUCCUACUUUCGUAAUUUCCGGAAUCCGGAUUUCCGGAACAUCUAUUUUCCUGGCUGUUUUUAUAACUUCAGUCAAUUCAAAAUUUAGUAGCAUUUUUACAGAAAAAGCUAAGCACCUUACCUAGAUCGUUAGAAGCAUGUGUGUCAAUAGAUUUUACAUUCUCAUAUAUAGGUACUACAUUUAAUUUAACGAGGUCGAUUCGAAGUAUGAUUAAUGUUUAUCUAUUCGCCUUAUGUUCCAUAUAUCACUUUGUGCCACCAAGCAAACUUUUGGGCACAUAUUCUCGUAUGUUGAAGUUUGCUAAAACAUAUACAUGCAUAGUUUACCCAAUUUGUCUGUACUAAAACAGAAGAUAUUUGUUGUCUUACUAUGUUUGUAAAGUCCUAUUCCGUAGAAAAUUAACAAUAUCUGUUUUAGAUCUAAGGUUUCAGUUGGUCGGAGUAGAAAUCCUGGUAAAGUAAAAAACAAUUGUAAAAUAUUUAUAGACGGGAAUUGAACUCAUAUCUUGACUUGAAAGUCUUGUUCCCAAAAUAUCAAAGUGUUUCUAUAUAGUGUAGUUUCUAUAUUUAAGGUUUAAUACUGGAUGUAUGUGAUUGUGGUGGUUUUACGAAUGUCUUGAAUUUGAGAAAGCAGUUUUCAAUAAUCAUAAAUAAUCAUACCUAACUAUGUUUACAUAUAGCAAACCCACUGUUUUACGAAUAAUUAAAAUGCAAGAAUGAGCUCGCUUGAUGUAAAUCGGCUUACUACGUAUAAACUAAAAGUAAGUACUUAUUG